AGACACCUUUAAUUUUCAACUCCCUGAAAAUACCAAUUUCACGUACCUUUCAUCAUUUCCUAUCAAAUAGUACUUCUUUUUCACCAAUUAAUGCCACUUUUUAUUGUUUUUUUCCUUCACUAAACAAUCAUCACUCACACAAAGCAAAAGCAACAUGGCUAAAACUUCAAAGAAUGAUGGAGGUUCGGUUAACUGUUUUUCGGGCAAUAUUCUUCGCCGAAUUCUUUGCAGUGGAAGCCUUCCAACACACCCUUGUGAUCAAUUUAUUAUUUCCGAACCAAAAAUUGUACAAUUUGAUCAUUCUUCUGAUGAUCAGAAAGUUGUCAAUAGUAGUCCAGGACUUGUGGCAAGGUUAAUGGGAUUAGAGUCAAUACCUGUUCAAAGGACUUUUGGUUCGUUUCUACGAAGCAGAUCAGUCAGCUCUCUUGAAACUUACAUGCCACAAUUAGAUCUAGCUGAAAAAUUUCACCAUAGAAGAGUAAGAACAUCAGUGUCUUUUCGCGAAAUCCUAACGUUUGAUCAAGAAAAACCUGAGCCUGAGAAGUCUUGUAACUGUAGGAAAUUAGAUGUUUGUAGAAAACAAAAUGUGAGGAACCAGAGGAAUAAAAGCAUACGUAUCGUGUCGAACAGAGUAAAACCUCUGUUUAAUUCGGAAGAUUCAAGGUCAAAGCAUAUUCAAGCUGCUACGCCAGGCAAGUUUUCAUGAACUAUUUACACCAAUACUAAAAAAA